AUGGCUGCUGCUGCCCCUUCUUCGAAACUGGAUGGCAUCCAGAAACCGGCCCUUCCCACCCCCCAGGGGCCCCAGAUGAGCGGCCUUAACCUGUACUCAAGAUUCGCCUUUGCUGGCGCUGUCUGCUGUUCAGUUACCCAUGGCGCCCUCACACCUGUCGACGUCGUCAAGACAAGAAUCCAGCUUGAUCCAAAAACCUACAACAGAGGCAUGAUUGGGGGAUUCAAGCAGGUCGUUCAGAAUGAAGGAGCCGCGGCUCUGUUGACCGGUUUUGGCCCAACUGCUGCCGGUUACUUCCUGCAAGGGGCCUUCAAGUUCGGAGGUUACGAGUUCUUCAAGAAGCAGUCCAUCGACUUCCUUGGCUACGAGACUGCGGCCAAGAACAGAACCGCCGUCUACCUCGCCUCGUCUGCGCUUGCUGAAUUCUUCGCUGAUAUCGCUCUCUGCCCCCUCGAGGCUACACGUAUUCGUCUCGUUUCCCAACCCGAAUUUGCUUCUGGCCUAAUGAGUGGAUUCGGGAAGAUCCUCAAGAACGAAGGAGUUGGUGCUUUCUACUCUGGUUUCGGUCCUAUCCUUCUGAAACAGGUUCCAUACACUAUGGCCAAGUUCGUCGUUUUCGAGAGAGUCUCGGAGGCUCUGUACCGUCAGUUCGAUAAGGAAACUCUCUCCGAUGGGGCCAAGACUUCUAUCAACUUAGGAUCUGGUCUCAUGGCCGGUUUUGCUGCUGCUAUUAUCUCUCAACCCGCCGACACCAUGCUUAGCAAAAUCAACAAGACCGAAGGCCUUCCAGGUGAAGGAAAUAUGUCCCGCUUGAUCAAGAUUGCAAAGGAACUCGGACUCCGGGGUAGUUUUACCGGUAUUGGCGCUCGUCUCGUCAUGGUUGGUGCUAUCACUGCCGGCCAAUUCGGUAUCUACGGUGAUAUCAAGCGCGUCCUUAACGCCACGCAAGGCGUCGAAUUGAAAUAG